GAAUCACACACUUGAGCGUGUGAAAGUGCAGGUAGACCUACCGACCAGCACGCAACAGUACCACGUGCAUCGCUUACUGCGACAACUCCCAACGCUUCCAUAUCCGCUUCACCGUCUCUCAAGGUUUCUCCCAGAGAAAGACCCACCAGUCAUGUCUUCAACGCGCAACACUGCACUGCGGGAGACAACCCACUCCUUCUGCCGCGCGUUGAUAUCGCCGCCGCCUCCUCCCUCAGACCUCCUAUUGCAGUACUUCAGCAAUGCGCCCAAGAUCACGGAGCACGGCCCUGAGUGGUCACGUUCGCGGCUACCUUUCUUAGCUAAGACCUUUUCUGGUAGAGAUGGAUGCGAGGAGUAUUUCAAGGUGAUGACUGAUGUACUGGACAUGUCUUUGCCCGAGGAUGCAUUCCCGGGAAAGGAGGGGUUCAUUGUGGAUGCAGAGGCGGGAAUGGUAAGUGUCGUUGGUAAAGGACGAUUUACAAGUAGGAAAACGGGCAAGGGAUGGAACGAACAAUUCAUCUAUAGGUUUAGUGGGUUUGAUGAGCAGGGCAAGAUAGGGCAUUGGGAGGUCUGGGCGGAUCCAUUGAGUGCCUGGAACGCUGUUGGAGAGUAAACUCCAUUUCCUGACGGAGAUAUCAGAUUAUACUGAAUUCCGUGCAGGGUUUUUCCACGCUUAGCGUUGCGAACACAUCAAUCAGCGCGAAGAGACUGAUAUGUGAGAUUCACAGACGACAUGUUGCACAUACGUGCUAGUGAUUUUAGUGAAUGAAAGACGUUAGCGCGUCCUGGAUGUGGGUCCUGUCGGUGGUUUCUGCACCUUCUUCCGAAACCCUUCAACUUUUCUUCCUCGCGCUUUUGCACCUUGACACCAACUCUCCAACACCAUGGCGCAAGCUCUGUAAAGCUCAACAGGGCGACCACCCUCUUCGCCAACAUCUCCCCUAUCUUAGACGACUAACAUGUAGCUCCUAUCUACAGUAUUAUGUUUCAGAAGGUAC